UUUAGCUAAUAUGCAAAUUUAUUGUACGGGUCAACGGAAAUACCAAAAUAAAAGCUUCAAGAAAACCUCCCGCGCUAAAGUGUGCUGGUCGUGUUCAAGUUGUGUGUCUGCGCUCCUCUCACGGUCACUUUUCACUGCCAUGAGCUGCUUCACCAAUUCCCUACCAGCAUGUCCAGCGAUUUAGCUGAAAACAUUGGAAGAGCCGUUUUGUCGGCCAUCCAACGAUUCAGCGGUAGUGCACCCUCAACCUCACAAACGCCGCAGCACUUGGAAUCCAGCAAUGCACCUGGACCAAGUAGAUCUGCCGUCUCCACUGGGAUACCAUACCGCUCGGUUCCUCUUCCAUCAGUUCCUCAAGCUCAUGCUACGCGCUAACAUUUUGUGAGAAAAAACAAGACCUGCAAACACUAUACAAAAGAUGUUGUGUGCUUGCCCUUGUCUUCAGCAUCAACGUUUCUCAUACCGAGAGGAGAUUCAAGAGCAAAACUAGCACAAGAUGGCCUUAUUGGGAAGAUCUCCUUUACAUCUGACUGGUCUGAAGCACAACUUAGAGAAGAAAUAGCAGCAAUCUUCAGAAGAACAUUUGCACUGUCAACUGGCCAGACAUUCCCUUUUGAGUAUUUGAGUACAAUUAGAGGAUGUAAACGACUAAUGAAACCAAAUGUUUCUAGCAGUUUUCUUUGGGGUGGCCAAGAAGCUGGCUCGAUUUGUUCCACCACCUGCCUCUAUAUAAUGGCAGGGAUACAAAAACCUGCACAGGAGGAACCAGACGAGCUUUCUGAUAGUGACUUUGAAAGUCCAGUCUGCCGGAGAAGACGAGUGCAUCAUGCGUUGCCUACAGCACCAGGUGAAAGUGAGGCCAAGCAUCAGGAAACAGAGGGCUGCAUUCAGGAGAGUGAAAAUGAGGGACAGGCAGAGGGACAGCAGAUGUUUCCAUAUAAUGUGGCAGAAUUUGUCCCUAUUUUUCUGGAGGAAGAUGAAGCUCUUGAAGAGGCAAUUCAGCGUAGCCUCCUAGAAGAGUCUGAUAGACAAAGUGAAGUUCAUAUUUCAAGGUCUUUUAAGAAGCUCAGCAAAGAAGAAAUUGAAGGUCUUCUUAGAGCUCAUAGUGAGAAAGUCAUUACACCAGGAACAAGACAACUCCAUAUCAGUCGAGCCAAUGUGUGGUCGACUGCUUUGCGGCAGUUCAAGAGACCCAAGUUUGCAGAAAGCUGUGAGAUGCUUUAUGUCACAUUUGCAAGCGAUGAACAUGAUACAGAGGAAGAUGCUGCUGACCUUGGGGGGCCAAGGCGGGAGUUUUUCCGUUUACUGGUGAAGGCCAUCUUUCAGGACAGUGGUGCUUUUGAAGCUACACCAAAUGGAUGCACACUGAAAUUUAACAUCCUACACUUGCAAAAUGGAGUAUAUCGAACCAUUGGCAGGAUGUUGUCCACGAUAAUAGUGCAAGGUGGAGAAGCACCAGCCUUUCUCUCUCCACAUGUUGUAAAUGCAACAACUCAACAUGAUUUGGAGAAAGCAGUCAGCUGCUGCGACUCAUGGCGAUAUCAAGUUGAAGGUCUUCCACUCACAGUCACCAUGGCCAAUAAAGAUCUGUUUGUGAAAAAUGCAGCUCUAUACCUUGCAGUUCUGCAACGGCAAAGCUGUUUCGAUCAGCUAACUGAUGGCUUGUCCUACUAUGGAAUUUUAUCACUCCUGAGAGAGAACCCCAGUUUGUGUGUUCUGCUUGACCUGUUGGGGGAGGACAAAGAUCUGACAGCCAGUUUAAUUGCUGGGGUUCUCAGGCCAAGCUAUUCUGUCCUUGGGAGCAACAGAAGAGUUAGAGAGGAGCUGAUGGUGGUCAAAUUUCGGGAAUUUCUCCAGUGUGUCGAAAAUAAAGAGCUGAGAGACGCACUUGGAGAAAGGACUCUUACCAAGGAUGAAGAGGCAUUUGUGAAGGCUUUGAGGCCUGGUCACAUCUUGGCUUUUGCCACCGGGAGCAGCAAGGUUCCAGCCAUAGGUUUUCAACCAGCUCCUAAAAUAACAUUCGUUCAUGAUGAAAGCAAACAUCUCCCGAUUGCACACACAUGUGCAAAUGAGCUUCAGCUUUUUGUGAAUGAAACAACAAUGGCUGAUGAUGAUGCUUUUCAUUACUGCUUCUUAGUAGCACUCAUGAAUGGAGCUUUAUUCAGCACCAUCUAAACAUGUUCCAAAAAAGUGAAAUUAAAAUGGUGGGUUUGUUAACUCUAAUCCUGUUCAUUAAUUGUAGUUUCAAGUAACUUUGCUUCAUACAAGAUAGUUGAAAUAAAUUCUGACUGCAUUUAAUGUUGAAAUGUUAUA